AAAAACACACAACAACCUUGUACCAUUCAUUCUAUAGAGAAACAAAAGCCAAAAAGAAAAACACACAAACCAAGCUCCUUUUUGAAUUUAGGCAUGGAAGGAAAAAGAAGCAGCAGGAAAUGUUUGGCAUACGUCGCAAUCUUCGUUGUGUUCCAGACCGCAGUGAUAUUGGUGUUUGCCCUUACAGUGAUGAAAAUCAAGAGUCCGAAAGUCCGGUUCGGCUCCAUCACCAUCGACAAUAUCAGCUCAACCAACACCAAUUCGACUUCUGUCAGCAUGAGACUGAAUACCCAAUUCACGGUGAAGAACACAAACUUCGGUCACUUCAAAUAUGACAACAGCACGGUGACGGUCAUGUAUGGUGGCAUGGCUGUCGGCGAGGCGGCUAUCCCCAGUGGGCGUGCCAAGGCUAGGCAAACCAAGAGGUUCGACAUUGCUUUGGACAUCUCUACUGCUCACCUCUCCGGCAAUACCAACCUUGCCAACGACAUCAAUUCCGGGAUUCUGACGCUCACCAGCCAGUCCAAGUUGAGCGGGAAGGUGCAUUUGAUGAAGGUGAUCAAGAAGAAGAAGUCUGGGGAAAUGAGUUGCACCAUUGCAAUCAAUUUGACGAACAAGGGUGUGGGUUUGAAGUGCAAGUGACAUGUUUCAUUUUGAUGAUUUAGGGGUUAGAUUUGUAAUUUUUAUUUUUAUUUUCACAGUCUGGUUUUAUGUUUUUUUCAGGGGAACAAUAUGGCCUCUCAGGCUGUAUUAGUCCCUGAGAUUAUGUGUUUAUUCUUUGUAGUGUGGUUUUCUUUUUCAAUUUAAAUUGAGACUGUUUCUAUA